AUGGUUCUGAAGCAAGAAGCCGAGCGUCGCGAACGCAUCCUCGCUGAUCGACGCCGGGUCGCCUCCAAAUGGCGCCCCAAGAUCCCUCAGGUUCGCAAGGUCAACUUUGAGAACUUCAAGAACCGCUUUCAGGACGUCGAUGAGCCUGACUAUGCCAUCGAAGUUCUAAUGGGCGGUCCUACCACUCAGGCCCAGAUCCGCCGCGAGCAUGGUCAGCGCCGCCGUGAGGAGAUUGCUCGUCUUCGACAGAGCUACCUGUCCCUCAAGAACAAUGGCUCUGGCUCUUCCCAGAACAAGAUCGACGCCUAUGAGAAGGCCAGACGCGAGAAGAAGGGCGAUGCGCUUCAAUCAUCUGAAAAUGAGAUUCAGCGCAUCCGUAUCCAGUCUCAGCCAGUCCUCGGUCACCUGACUGCCCUCAUGAACGACACAGAUCAGCGAUCAACUCCCCGCACCUUCAUGAGACCUUUCAAGGCCUUGGUGCACUUCCAGCCCAAGAUGAAGGAGAUUCUCGCCACCCUGGAGGAGAAGUGGGCAGACUUUGAGGAGCUCGACAGCGAUCAGUCUGAGGCUGUUGAGCUUUCUGCUGGUGAGGAAGUUGACAUUGAGCCCGAGCUGUUGGAGGCCGAAGACAUGGGCUCUGCCAAGGGAGAGGAGGAGGGAGAAGGAGAAGAUGGAGACGACCACUCUGACACUGAAUCCCUCGAGUCUGUCGACUCCAACGCCGACGAAGACUUUGAGGGUCUCAUGGAUAGCCCCGAGGCCUUGAGAGACAUGCGAUGCUAUGUCGAGUUCAUUGACAACGAAGUCCUUCCUAUGCAUUCCCGCUUCGACGGCACCGGUGCUGAGAAGGUCAAAUUUGAUGACCUCUGGUCUCUGUUCCGCGUCGGCGACCUCAUCUACAUGCCCGCAUCCGGUGAGACAGGUGGUCGCUACCACGAGGUCUGGCGUAUCUACAAGACAAGAGCCCCUGAUCCCGAGACAUCUUAUCCCACUACUGGAUGGGACUUUUUCGAGGAUGAACACCAGAUCAACGAGAACUCCAAGUUUAAGAUCUCGGCCUAUUAUAUCGAUCACGAUGGCUCCAACCUUGGUGCUGUGCAGCGCAAGUUCGAGAUUGAGUCCUUCGUGGGAGAGCGCUCCAUCGAGUCGUUGGAGGUGUUCCCCAUCCGAUACCGUCACAACCACCAGCAGCUCCUUCAGUCACUCAAGCAGCAGGGCCGCAAGUUCAUGGACUACCUCGAGGAUCGUCACCAGCAGUACAGCGCCUGGACCCUGACCAGGAACCCACCCUCUGGCCAGACGGAGCCAGAUGAGGAGAUCCUGGAUGAUCAGGAGUACCAGAAGAUGCGCCACCCCGAGUUCGUUGAGAGUGAUCUCAUUGUUGAUCUCACAGAGGCGUACCAGAAGAUGCCCGACUGGAUGCCGAGAUUCCAUCAGCUGACUAUGAACAAGUCAAUCCGAUGUGAGGUCAAGGAUGACGAGAUGCCGAUCCAGCAUUGGUUCAACGGAUCUCGUUCAACCCUCGCGUAUUCACAGUCUGAGAUUAUCCAGCAUGCAGACGGAGUUGAGACCCGCCAGCGACGUGACAACCUCGCGGCCGACUCCUUCCUGCGCUACCGUAUCAAGGGCAGCCGAACAUUUGAGACGGAUCCCAAGGCGCUGGAGCUUCGUGAUGAAGACCUGGUUCUUCUUCCCAAGCGAAUGUUCGCCUAUGCCCUUCGAGAGCGUCGCUUCUGGCCCAUUGACUUGAACUUCCUCAAGCCGGUCCGCCGAGAGCCCGGAGUCUUCGAGAACCUCCGAAUCCAGAGCGACUACAAGGAUGUCGUGCGCGGUCUGGUCAUGUCUCAUUUCCAGAAGAAGGCUCUGGAGCGCAAGUAUGCAGACAUUGCUACUGAGGGUCCCAGCCAGGAUCUGAUCCAGGGCAAGGGUCGUGGUCUUGUUGUUCUUCUGCACGGUGUUCCCGGUGUCGGAAAGACGGCCACGGCAGAAGCUGUCGCCAUGGAGAACCGCAAGCCACUGUUCGUCAUCACUUGUGGUGACCUUGGCCUGACGCCUCACGAGGUUGAGUCUUCGCUCAAGAACGUGUUCCGUCUCGCCCACCUCUGGGACUGUGUUCUCCUCCUCGAUGAGGCGGAUGUCUUCCUGUCGCAGCGUUCCAAGCUCGACAUGAAGCGAAACGCUCUUGUCUCGGUGUUCCUCCGAGUCCUGGAAUACUACAACGGUCUUUUGUUCCUCACCACCAACCGAGUCGGCACCAUCGACGAGGCCUUCAAGUCUCGUAUUCACCUGUCCCUGUACUAUCCUCCUCUGGAUAAGACUCAGACUCGCGAGAUCUUCCGCCUGAACAUGACCAAGCUCAAGGAGAUCGAGUCGGAGCGCAGCAGGAUGACAGGUGAACCCGCCCUCGUGAUCAAGGAGAGCGACAUCAUCGACUUUGCCACCAAGCACUAUGAGGAGCUUGCCAGAUCUACCGGCUGCUGGAAUGGUCGACAGAUCCGAAGUGCCUUCCAGAUCGCAUCGAGCCUUGCCAUCCAUGACCACUCCAACCAGGCAGCGCUGGCUCGCUCUCGUGGCCAGCGGGCCCCUGUCGCGCCUGUUCUGGACAGAACUUGGUUCGAGAAGGUACAGAUGUCGACUCAGAGCUUCGACCGCCACAUGAAGAAGGAGUCGGGAGCUUAUGAUGCUGACAUGUCUCUUCGAAAUACCUUUUACGAGGGUCGAUUCGAGUAA